UAGUAAACCAGACCCAGCGAGCACGGGGGAAGAUUCUUUCCGUCGGCAUCGCGUUAGAGUCCGCUUCGCUGGAGCGUCUGCGGAAACUCAGGCGCGCCGCUCCCGCCGCCUUCAUUGUCACACGCUGGUUGGGGAAUUCUGGGAGUUGAAGUCCACACAGUGUAAAGUUGUCUAGUUUGAAGAGAAGGGAAAAAAAACCCACUCGGGCUAAUCCGAAGAGGAAGCGACUCGCCGGGACUUCAUUGUCACCGACAGCAGCCGGAGCUGCUUCGAUGAUUACUUCCGGCCCUUCCCCUCGGUCAGGUCACUGCUUCCUCCGCUUUGAAAGCCUGGAUUUUGCUGCAGUCGCUGCUGGCGCCGGUUUUAAAUAUGAACGCAGGCUUAUAAUAGGGAAGGGGAAACAAACGGCGGCAUUUCGUAUCCUCCCGUAGCCAAAGCUCGAAAAAGCUACUUAUUUCUUGUACAUUGAUGGUACUAGUGAUUACUUAAAGAUCCAUACACAGACAACAUAAAAGAUAAUAAAAGAUAAAGAUGUCAGCAUUCCCUAAACGGAAAAGAACUGCAACGAAACCAGACAUUUCAGAAGAUGAACUACCUUCCUUCCUUAAAUCAUCUUCAGAAUCAGAAGAUGAACAAGAUGAAGAGGAAUGGGAGCCCCAAAAGAAAGUCUCACGUAAGGCCAAAGUGCCAAAACCCAAAGUGCCAAGAGUUGAAAAAAAAUCAUUGACUAAGAAGAAAACUACUGUAGCUAAGAAAGGUACUAAGAAGCUAAUGAUAAAAGAGGAGCCGGACUCAUCUCUGCCUAUUGCCGUACCUGGAGGAACAGAAAAAAUGACAGAGGAAGAUGUCAAUGUGAAAUGUUCAACCAAAAAAACCCCAGUGAAGAAAGUUGGCAGCAUUAAAGUUGAACCUGGCUUGGUAAAUGCAGAUAAACCAUCCACAAGUGCUACAGUGUCUAAACAAAAAAUUAAGGUGGAAGAGUCUGAAGAAGAUUUUACAUUUGAUGAACCUCCCUUAAAAAAAAUUAAAACAGGAUGUCCGCAGGAGAAAUGUGUAAAAUACGUGGCAGGUGACAAACUGAAUGGGGACCAUAAAAUGAACUGGGACAUUGUAGAGGUUUUGUCGCAAAGGACUGACAUUGAAGCAUGGGUGUGUGCCAAUAUAAUCAAGCUUUUCAAUGAUGAUAAUACAAUCCCUUUUAUUGUUCGGUAUCGGAAGGAACUUAUCAAUAAUCUGGAAGCUGAUGUGCUGCGUGAGGUGCAACAAAUAAUGGAAGAACUACAGACUUUAGCAAAAAAGGUGCAUGCCUCAAUACAAAAACUUGAAAAAGAAGGAAAGCUGUCAGAAAGUGUUUUAACUGCAUUAUUAAACUGUAAAACUUUGGAGCAGCUGGAUCAUGUGUAUGCACCCUAUAAAACUGGAAGCAAAGGAACUAAAGCACAAAGAGCUAAACAGUUGGGCUUGGAACAGGCAGCCAACUUGCUUAUUCAGAAUCCGAAGGAACUCAACUUACUCUUUUAUGUCAAGUCCAAUGUCGAAGGACUUUCCACCAUUGAGGAAGUAAAAUCUGGAGUGCAGCAUAUACUGGCUGACAUGGUUGCUAAAGAUAAAGAAACCCUGGAUUUUAUCAGAAAUUUAUGUCAAAGAAGAUAUAUUUGCAUUCAGUCAUCUCUAGCAAAAGUGACUUCUAAAAACGUCAAUGAAAAAAAUGUGAACAAAUUUCAUUUGUAUCAAAAUUUUUCUUGCAACAUAAAAAGCAUUCACCAUCACCAGAUCCUGGCUAUUAACCGAGGAGAGAAUCUGAAAAUCUUGAAAGUAAAGGUCAACGUUCCUGAUGGAGUGAAAAAUGAAUUUUCUAGGUGGUGUGUAAAUGAAAGAUGGAGACCAAAGGCCUUUGCCAACCCUGAAUUAAUGGAACUACUGCGCUACUCAAUAGAAGAUUCAUAUAAGCGUCUUAUUUAUCCCCUGCUCUGCAGAGAAUUCAGAUCAAAACUAACUUCAGAUGCUGAAAAGGAAUCAGUAAUGAUGUUUGGAAGGAAUCUUCGUCAGUUGCUUCUAACAAGCCCUGUGAGAGGGCGAACAAUGAUGGGAGUUGAUCCUGGGUAUAAACAUGGCUGCAAGCUAGCAAUUAUUUCACCAACCAGUCAGAUACUCCAUACAGAUAUUGUCUAUUUGCAUUCUGGUAAAGGAAUUCACGAAGCUGAGAAGAUCCGGAGACUUCUGUUGGAUCACAACUGUGUCACUAUUGUGAUUGGCAAUGGAACAGCUUGUAGGGAAACUGAAGCUUAUUUUGCUGAUUUAAUUAUGAAGAAAUACUUCGCACCUUUGGAUGUCACUUACUGCAUUACCAAUGAAGCAGGAGCCUCCAUAUACAGUGUUAGUCCAGAAGCUUGUAAAGAGAUGCCUGAUUUAGAUCCUAACCUACGAAGUGCAGUUUCCAUUGCAAGACGUGUACAAGAUCCCUUAGCUGAGCUAGUGAAAAUUGAGCCCAAACAUAUUGGAAUUGGAAUGUACCAGCAUGAUGUAUCUCAGACACUACUCAAAGCAACCCUGGACAGUGUGGUGGAGGAAUGUGUCAGCUUUGUAGGAGUCGAUAUUAACAUCUGCUCAGAAACUUUAUUAAGACAUAUUGCAGGACUUAAUGCCAACAGGGCUAAAAAUAUCAUUGAAUGGCGAGAGAAAAAUGGACCAUUUAUCAGUCGGGAACAGCUUAAAGAUGUCAAAGGAUUGGGCCCAAAAUCCUUUCAACAAUGUGCUGGCUUUAUCAGGAUCAAUCAAGAAUACAUCAGAUCAUUCUGCAGUCAACAAAGUGAGCUUGCAGCUGGGAGUCAUAAAGCAGUCACAAAUGAGAAACGGUGUAAAAAGAAAACUAAAGCUGCAGCAAAUGUCAUUCAGCAGCCAAAUCCUUUGGAUCAAACAUGUAUCCACCCUGAAUCAUAUGCUAUUGCAAUGAGGUUUUUAACACUUGUUGGAGAAAGUCAGUGCAAUAUAGGAAAGUCAAACAUGCAGCAGAAAGUGAAUUCAAUAAUUGAAAGAGAAGGGAUGGAUGGAAUUACAAAAAAAUUGAAUACAACGGAACAAACUCUACAAAUAAUAAUUGAUGGGUUGACUCAGCCAGAAAGUUUUGACAUUCGGAAAGAUUUUGAUCAACCUGAUUUCAAAAAAAGCAUUGUUUGUCCUGAAGAUUUAAGAGUUGGAACUAUUCUCACAGGAAGAGUUGAAAAUGCUACUCUCUUUGGAGUUUUUGUUGACAUUGGAGUUGGUAAAGCAGGAUUAAUUCCAAUUCGUAGCAUAACAGAAGACAAACUUUCAAAAGCGAAGAAAAGAAGAAGUCUUGGUCUUGGUCCGGGAGAAAAAGUUGAAGUCAGAGUGCGUGAAAUUGAUCUUCCACGGUCCAGAAUAAGUUUAGAGUUGAUUCGUGUAUUGUGAGCAAUUUGUAGACAUUUUUCAUAGUAAGGGCUACAAUCUCAACAU